CGCGCGCCGUGCUCAGGCUUGCUUGUGGUUUUCAGUCAGGCUUGCACUUGGUCGACCAGCUCCGCUUCUCUCAUGACCGGCGGAGAGGAGGUGAAGGUGGGUAAGAGUUCAUUGACCGUGCUAUGCCUACCCGCAACGCGGGGAAGACUACGGUCGGUGGGGAAGGAGGACAAGGAGAAGCAGCAGAAGACGACGACUGCGAAAAAGGAGCAGCGGGGGAACCCGCGCGAGCACGCCAUAGAGAUGACCGCCCGCAACCUGCACCCCAACUCCAAAGUGGAAAGCAGAAAUUGCGACGAUUUGAUAAAUCGUAACGGGGGGGACACAACCGAGAUCACUGUGUCGUUGAACCCACUGGGUAAAAGAAUUGUCCCGAUUGAAGGGGACAACCUCUUUAGACUAAGAGACAGAAAGUUCUUACUGGAGGACAAGAAGCGACUAUGUGCAUGGGCACUGGGCAUCGCGCUGCUUGGAAUUCUACUAAUGGUUCUACAUACGGAACUGUGCCCAGGCAUAUACCUACCGAGCUCAAUCUAUGCCUUUAUCAUCAAUUGCUUAAUCAGCCUGUCCACGGGGUGUCUUCUCGUUCUCAUUGUGGCUUUCCAUUACAAGGACAUCCGGCUCUUCAUUAUUGACCACAACCAGGUGGACUGGCGCAUUGCCAUGACCAGCCAGCGGGUGCUGGGCAUCUCUUUGGAGCUGGUGGUCUGUGCCAUCCACCCUGUCACCACCUACGGAUGGCCGGAGAUGGGGACACUAGGGCCGGCCGCUGACCGAGGCCAAGGAGGGCAGGGGGGGUCGGAGGGCAACUCUUCCUCCGCCCCCCUCUGCUCCUCCAUCCGGAACAGGGACGAUCUUCUGGAUCCGGUGCCCCUGCUCUCGAGCCUGAUGUUCCUGCGCCUCUAUCUGGUGCACAGGGCCAUCCUCCUCCACAGCAAGGUGCUCCUCAGCGCCUCCUACAGGAGCAUCGGCUCGCUCAACAACAUCAACUUCACCUUCCGCUUCGUGCUGAAGGUGCUGAUGAACAAGUACCCGGGCCGCACCCUGCUGGUCUUCAUCGUCUUCUUCUGGCUGAGCGCCUCCUGGUUGCUCACGCUGUGCGAAAGGCAGAUCCAGGUGGAAACGGGUGACAUGCUGACUGCUCUCUGGCUCAUUGCUAUUACAUUCCUCACGGUGGGGUACGGAGACGUGUCCCCCAAAACUUUAUGCGGGAAGAUGGUGUGCCUGUUCACCGGAGUCAUGGGUGUGGCCUGCACUGCCAUGCUAGUGGCAGUGGUGACCAAACAGCUGGCGCUGAACAAAGGGGAGAAACACGUCCACUACUUCAUGAUGGACAUUCAGAUCUCCAAACGGCUCCGGCAUGCGGCGGCCAACGUUCUGAGGGAGUGCUGGCUCCUGCACCGCGCCAACGGCAGGAAGCAGAACCGCGGUGAGCACCGGCAACACCAGAGAAGCCUGCUGGAGGCCAUCCGAAAGUUUCGGCACCUGCGGCUGAAGCAGAGGAAGCUCCGGGACUAUGCCAGUGAAAUGGUGGACCUGCCCAAAAUGCAAAUGAUCAUGUGUGACCUGAGUGCCAACUGGAACAACUCGUACCGCGAGCUGGAGCAGCGCAUCGCGUCCAUGGAACAGAAGCUGGAGGAGCUGGGCCGCUGCUUAAACCACACCUCCGAGAUGCUCGCACAGGCCGUCCAUCAGCACCGCGGGUACGACAGGUGACUGUUUGUCUACUAAGGCUGUCAGAGAUGGAUUGGAAAUCAAGAUCAUCAUAGUAAUUAUCAAUUCAUCUGACUGGAAAUGGUUCAUCUUUUAGGAGCAGGUUCUGCCCAAAGGCUACACCGUCUGCCUUAAAGAUAUAACGCAGAUUACUUCCCCCCCCCCCGAUGCCUGCUUUUUUAACACUGAAAUCGAGGCCCAUGAACUAAUGCAUUAUAAAUGCGGCAUAGCUACAGAGAUGAGAUAACUGCUAAUUUUGUGGAGAUGCCCUUUGAUAUGGACAAAGAAUGAAUUUCAUUUGGUUUACUAGUUAUCACAUCAAAAAAUAUGGCAGCAGUCAUCUCUGUCAAGGACUUGGCUCCAUCUAAAAUUUCAAGUCUUAAAUCACAUGUACACAUCUCAUGGAAGCUGUUGUUGGUUACAAAUUAUCUGCAAGAUGGCAGGAUAUGGGCAAAAGAAGCAUUUCCCACAACAAGUGACAUUGACAGAUGGAAAGGAACCUUCAUGGGUUCAUCAUUCAUGACUUUCACCAAACACUUUUGUGAUUAAUGUGCCAUUUUCAUUUUUGACAAUUUUUUCAUCACACUGGUCCUUACAAUGGAAGAUAUGAAAAUGAGUCCCUCAAAAUGUUUUGAUGCGACUGGACUUUGAGGGAUUGAGGCAAACUGGAACAAAUUUCUAAUAGUUCCCAUAUUGACUUUAGUUAUGGUCUAGGCAAGUAAUUUUCACUAAUUUUCACAACAGUGUAGACCUGUAAUGUAGUAUACUUUUUCCAGAAGUUUCCAUUGAUUGUGAUACAGUAGUGCAUCAGAGGAACUAAAUGUAAAUGUCAGACUCAUUUUGGAAGGCAAACCCCGACAAACUAUUUUGGGCCCAGAAUUUGGCCACAUAUUCCUGUGUGGUAGAAUGGUUUAGAGAUAUGAAUUUUGGAUGUGACUGUGAUUGUCACAUUCUUCUUUACACCUGUGAUGGUACAAAAAAUAGUCACAAGGUAGCAGGGACCUCUUCGGAGAUGUUGAGGACAGGAAUGUCAGCAAGUACCAUGACCUGACACUUCAGCACAAAACAUUAUGUCUGUGAUUGCGAAAAGGUCAGCUGUUUGACGUUCGAAGCACCUCAAGAGAAAGACAUUAGCUCAGGAGAUAAGAGCAGUUGUCUGGCAGAUCCCCUGAGUGUGUAUGAAUGAGAGGCAUUAAUUGUAAAGCGCUUUGGAUAAAAGCACUAUAUAAAUGCAGUCCAGACAAGUUUUUUCUUCUCAAAGAGCAUCAGAAGACAGAGGAUGCACUGAAACUCCCACACAGUAAAACGGGACGCCCCACGAUUAAGGCAUCGCUACUUACCACACGCAUGCUGGUGGCUCUGUGCUGAUUACCCUGGAAACUGCCCUCCCAGUAGACACUGACUCAACAUUCACUGCAGUUAUGUUCAGUGUGGAGCUGGUCUGUUUUGGCACAACACUAAGAACAGUGUCUUUAAGAUGAGGAGAGGUAUAAUUUCUGUAACACUGCCCAUGUGGACAGGUUGAGAGAUGACAGUAGUUGCAGCAACAUACAGAUGUAGAUCACUGUACUUUGGGCUAUAAAAUGGUGCCCCCUCGUGGAUAAAAUGACAAUACACACAUUUGUCAUCUGUCCUAGGACAACGCAUGCCUUAUGGACUGGAAAUGCUAGGUGCCACAAAAGGGGAAAAAAAAAAAAAAUCUGACACUUAAAUUAAUUUAAAGCAUUUGCACUCAGUACCCCCCACUGAAUAAGGCAAGAAAGUAGCUAAAUGUAACUAACUUUAUAAAAAUGUAUUAAGUACUUACUGAUUAGAAUAGAUUUUAUGAAUUUGAAAUCACGAAAUGUGGACCCAUACAAGCACAAUGGAUGCACUAGAUUAGGCAGGUGUCUCAGUUUCAAGAAGUGCAGCAGGUAUGCAGCAGACAGCCUUCCCUGACAAUAUGAUUUCCCAGGGAGAAAUAAACAGUAAUUGUACCAGUGCCACGUUGAUUUGAGCAUCCACGCCUCAAAAACAAGGCUGUGUUAUAUGCGGUUUCUGUUUUUCUGCUUGAGAAAUAAGCAGAUGAGCAUGCUGUUCUUUUUUAGGACUAAAACAAACCAUUUGCAUCAUUCUGAAUGUCUACACUCCCAGGUGGAUAAGAAUUAUUUGGAAAUAUUUAGUGGGAAAUCUAACAAGGAUUGUGCAUUCAACAGGAGUGUCAUACAUUCACAUUUCCACAAAACCAAUGAGGUCAUCACAUGUCAAAUUUCAUAAAUCAAUUGUUAUUGGCAAAUGUUAUUGGAAUGUAGCACUCACAUUCACUAUUACUUAGUACAUCAUUAAAACAAGUGUCUUUGAUGCAGGGCUGCUUCAAAACUACAGACACUGCACCAUUAUACUGUAUGGGACACUUCUUGUACUAAAUGCAACCUAUUAUUCUGAAAGUGUGUACCACUACUUGUGGGAGGGUAAGGCUUCCUAUAACCAAUGUGUGUGUUACUAGCAUAUUACCAGCAACUUAUCUUCGUUUAUUGAAUAUUGUACAUGCAUAGUGGAGGUGGGACAUGUGAUUGGACAGGGAUGUCAUUCAGACCUACCCCAUUACAUACCAACGGUGCGACCACUGCCCUUGCUUACGCAUGCCAGUUUGUUCUGUAACAGUAGCUAUAAAGAAAAUACAUUUGUUUUAUAGUUCUCAGAAGCUAUUGCAGUCAAGCAUUUGUCUCAGUGCUGCUGCUUUGAAGACUGAAACCUAGUGAAAGAUGCAUCCCUGAACAUUUCCCGAGAGCUUGGCAAGUGAACCAAAUUCUAUGUAGUCAGGACAAGGCCCUUCUUAGAAUCACUGUUAGUUAUGUGAUUCAAAACACUGCUACUCUGGGCCUGUGAGAAGCUAUUGAUGUAAUGAGGGGGUCAAAUACAGUGUACUUAACCAGCACAGGGUAAAACUACAAGACCACAGAAUUGCAUUAGUUCUAUCGCAAUUGUGUGGUCCAGGGUUUUUAAAUACCUGUGACGUACAAUGGAAUGUCUUCAGGCUUGGCUAUACAAGAAAAAUAGAAAAACCUAUUAAUUAAGCUUAGCAUGUUUUACUUUUGUGUAGACCAUCAGAAAUGCUUAAAUGUGGAAUUAACAUCCUAUUAAGUACACUUCAUGUCACAUAUCAGUUUGACCAUGGAGCGACACUGCCCUCUUGUGGAAGCAUGCACACAACAAUGAUUGGUUGUUAACCAAAGGACUUUUUAAAAUAAAGUUCCUUAGGCAUGAAAUGAAACAGUUUCCAGGUUUUAUUAAGAUUUAUUUAGCUGGCAAAUCUGUGGUUUCCUGAGAUAGGGACUAGAAUAAUAGAAAUUACUAGCCUCACACUAAUCAAAGAUGACGACCUGUUCAAAAACUUUUACUAAUAUGGAUAAAGUGGCCGCAUGAUCUUGUAUCGUUCACUGGCUGGGUAAUACUUUGUCCUUCAAUCCAUUUCGAUGCAAAGCAAAAUCAAAAUUGCAUCAGCAUGAUUUCUUUCAUAAACUGGACUUCUAAAAAGAAUGUUACUUGCUGUAGAUAUGCAGUGACCACUGUAAAAAAUAUGAUGCCCUUUUUAACUGGUUCUGUUUAUGUUUAACUUUUCCCUUUUCAUGUCUGUUAUUGUGAAAACAGGCAAAAAAAAAAAGAUUACUUAAAGACGUUUACAGCAUUAUUUUUGCACAUGUUAAAAUCAAUUCAGUGUAAAUAUGUUUUCCAAAUCAUUAAAGCCCACCAAUUAAACAAA